AAAAAAAUUGUUACGUUUCCACCUCAAAGUGAAAUAUAGUAUUUAGUUCUUUCUUUCAUUUAAUGCCUAUUGGUGUUCCAAAAGUUCCUUUCCGAAGUCCUGGAGAGGAAGAUGCAUCUUGGGUUGACGUAUACAACCGACUUUAUCGAGAAAGAUUACUUUUUUUAGGCCAAGGGAUUAAUAGCGAGAUUUCGAAUCAACUUAUUGGUCUUAUGGUAUAUCUCAGUAUCGAGGAUGAGACCAAAGAACUGUAUUUGUUUAUAAACUCUCCUGGGGGCUGGGUAAUACCUGGGAUCGCUAUUUAUGAUACUAUGCAAUUUGUGCGACCAGAUGUCCAUACAGUAUGCAUGGGAUUAGCCGCUUCAAUGGGAUCUUUUAUCCUGGUCGGAGGAGAAAUUACCAAACGUCUAGCAUUCCCUCACGCUUGGAUCAGGGUAAUGAUGCAUCAACCUGCUAGUGGUUAUUAUGAGGCGCAAACAGGCGAAUUUGUCCUGGAAGCGGAAGAACUGCUGAAACUGCGUGAAACCCUCACAAGGGUUUAUGUACAAAGAACGGGCAAACCCUUAUGGGUUGUAUCCGAAGAUAUGGAAAGAGAUGUUUUUAUGUCAGCAACAGAAGCCCAAGCUUAUGGAAUUGUUGAUCUUGUAGCGGUUGAAUGAAAAUAACAUGGAUUUCGCGCAAAUCUGUGAUUUGAGAUUUUAUCUUCGAAUUGAAUAUUCUAUUAAAUAGAAGUAAUUCAUCAUCAUUCGGUUAGGAUCAAUCUAAACCAAUCCAUCAUAUUUAUACGAUUCAACAUGCCAACUAUUAAACAACUUAUUAGAAAUACAAGACAGCCAAUCAGAAAUGUCACGAAAUCCCCCGCUCUUCGGGGUGCCCUCAGCGUCGAGGAACAUGUACUAGGGUGUAUGUGCGACUCGUUUAGAUCAUGAGCUGGCACAAAAGCAAGAAAACGACUUUUACAGUAUCAAUGAUCAGUACCGGUGAGUGGGAUAGGAUGGAAAAAGGAACUCCAUUCAUUAUUAAAAAAAAAACUCUAUCAUAUCCCUCUAUUGUGUAUGAAGUUUAUGGUUUCCGUUGGUGUAAAUCCAAUCACCUGAAUUUAAGAUGAUAAGAAAUUCUCCAUUGGUAACAAAUGGUUAUCCAUUAAGCGGAGGAAAUCUUAUUUAAAAAGCAUAAAACAUAAAGAUUAGGUAGGUUCCCAAUCUGGCAAGAACGGACUAAGAGGGUCAGCUACCCAGCAAACUUUCAUAAUUAAAUACCGUUACUGUAUAGGUAGAUCUGAUUGUGAAAGACCUAUUACUGGAUAAUUCAUGGGUAGAGCCAAAGCGUGUGAACUAUACAAGUUCCCAAUAACAUUAAUUAGUUGAUUAAAUAUUAAAUUAAAGUAUAAAGUAAAGGCUCCGGUGUAUAGAGAAGACCUCACCGUUUAAGAAGUAACCAUAGAAACGAAGGAACCCACUAUUUCUUUUUUGAUUUCUUUUAUUUACUAGAUUUUUGAUACCUAGGAAAAUACAAUUUCUUAUUUCUUUCUUAUUUCACAGUGAAAUAUCUAAUAAAAAAAAAAAAAAAGAAAAAAUCGUGGUCGGGAAGGUUAGAGUAGCCAAAGCCAUUGGAAUUUUGAUUUUAUACAUUGGAAAAAUACGUUUUGUUAUUAAUAGACUAGGAAGGGGGAAAAGAAUAACUGAAAGAAAGGCAAUCAAUUAGUUAUUCGUCAAAGUUUCAUUUAUUCAAUGACCAGAAUUAAACGGGGAUAUAUAGCUCGGAGACGUAGAACAAAAAUUCGUUUAUUUGCAUCAAGCUUUCGAGGGGCUCAUUCAAGGCUUACUCGAACUAUUACUCAACAGAAAAUAAGAGCUUUAGUUUCGGCUCAUCGGGAUAGGGAUAGGAAAAAGAGAG